AUGGGAAACGAAGUCCAGGAGGCUCAGGCCCAUAUCGAGGUCCUAAAAGAUGAGAUCGAUAAGCUGAAGCGUCAGAUCAAGGACUUCAAGCAGCUCCUUGAUCAAAUGGUGACCAAAAAGUUUGAGCUCGUCAUCGUGCUUCAACAGGCCAAGGUCGAGCAUGGAAAUGAAAAGGCUCGACUAAAGAAGGACUACAAUAAUGCAAUGAACCAGAACACUGCCAUCAUGACAUAG